CGUCACACGGAACCCCACCCCUCACGGCGAGCUGCCUGGCAACAUGAGAGAGAGAGCAGGGAGGUCUGCAGCCGAUAAGUGAACAACCUGCUCACUCUGGACUCAAAAACUACCAGAAACCACUCCCAGCCGUACAAUGGAGGAUGCAGAGACAGGUUCCCAGCUACAUCCAGUCUCCGUCCCUGAGGUGGGAGAAGAUGCAGUGACGUCUGUCGGCCCCUCUUCCCCUCCCCCAGGCAUGACAGAAGAGGAGCAGCAGGAGCUACAAGAAGAGUUGGUCAAGGUUGAGGAUGAGAUCCAGACUCUGUCCCAGGUGCUGGCAGCUAAGGAGAAGCAGCUGGCGGACAUUAAGAGGCAGCUGGGCAUCACACCUCUCAACGAGCUGAAACAGAACUUCACCAAAACCUGGCAGGAUGUCACCACCUCCAUCGCCUAUAAGAGGACCUCUGAAACUCUGUCCCAGGCGGGUCUGAAGGCCACGGCGGCGUUCUCCAACAUGGGCUCAGCCAUCACCCGGAAGCUGGAGGAUGUCAGGAAUGCAGCACCAACCUUCAAGUCCUUUGAGGAGAAAGUGGAGACUUUGAAGACUAAGAUCAGUCCCCCAGCCUCCUCCAGUAGCCAAGGCGAGCAGGAGGGCCCCUCCAAUGAGUCUGUGCUCGGUGUGCCUGAAGGCUCCCCCCCAGGAGACUCCAAUGAACUGAGACCUGCCUGACCUCCCAGCCACCCCUCCUCACUUGACCCCAUCACCCCUGGACCGACAACACUCGCCCCCUAAACUCUUUGUGUGCCAGUCUCCCUUUUAUUGGAAACAAGUGACUUACCACAGCCUGUGAUCUAAUUGUCUGAUCUCUUUGUUUGACACGUGCGCUCUCUUGUUAUCUUGUGUGGAAACUGAAAGCAUGGGAUGGGUGCAGGCAUGGGGUCUCGUGUCGACCAGACGUAUUUGAGUCUAAUCUGGCUCGCUGUGGGAGAAAUACUCCCUGCUGUAGGACUUCUCCUUUUCUCCCUAUUUAUCUGCCUUUGUCUUACCAGCAACACUCAAAUGCCAAACAUGUUUGUUUUUCUUUGUCAAAUUAACACUGUUUAACAUGUUUUUGAGUGUAAAAAACACAAAUAUAGAAAUAUUACAAAAUUGACAAGAGAAAGAUUUAUUCCAAAAAAGACAUUAUUAUAAGCACUUGUUUUGUCUGACUCCAUUUUGUGGCUGUUUUUGGUUUACCAUGGGUUACCAUUUUGGGGCCUAGAUCAUUUCCAUUUUCUUUGUUAAACUUAGGACAACGCACAAUCAUAAAUUAGUCUAACACUAGUGUCAUAUAGGUACCUUUUGUAUACUUUACCCCACAGUACUGAGCCAACAAUACUGUGUGUCACGACUGCAGCCACCAACUACAAAGCUGGUAUUUCAAAACACACUUCAGAAUUAAAACCUUUCCUUUUUCCAUUGUUAAGAGUCCGUCAGAAAAUGGUCUCCACGCUCAUAUAGUUACAGGAAAACAGCCAAGAUCAGCAAAACAGCAGCAGAGCAAACACAGUCGAGGUUCAGCCUUGACCCGAGGUGAGAGUGAAAUAAAUGUGUCUCUUCCAGAGCCAGAGUCAAUAUUUAAACACUAGUCCAUUGUUUCUGCCUGGGAGGCAACACCUAGUCUCUCCCCUUUCUGUCGAUAAGCAAGGCAGAGACUCCUGUGGCAGUUUUAUUGUUUACUUUUAUAGAAGUAUUGAACUAAAUGUCGCUUAGUGUUCAAGUUUGACAUUGUUAUUUUAGCCAUGGUAGCAGAAUGGCUCUAUAAAUGGUAAUGCAGGCUGUUUGGUUAGUCCAACACUGAAAUAUCUUAAUGAUUGGAGGAAUGUCAUAAAAUAUUUUACUAAGUCAUUCAUGCCCUUUUGGGGGUCCCUUAACUUUUAGUUCUUGCACCAUCACACUCUCCAAUCCUUUGGUUCAUGACAAGUCAUUGUAUGCAAAUUAGCAAGCUAACGUUGCUAUUUAGCCAACCUGACCUGCUAGCAUGGCUGAAAUCUUGUUACCCCAUUUUAUUUUUAGAUAAAUGUUCAAAUUCUGCUUUUGUUUCAGAGUCUGAAAACUAUACAGGAUUAAAAACAGUAUUUUUUGAAAAUGCUGCUUUCAAACAGACCAAAAAACCUUUUCUAAUUGUUUCAAUAUGGUUAUAUCAGCAGUAGCCUUAAUCACAUAACAUUUUUCUUGAGUUGGCUUUAAAUCUCAUACUGCUUUAGAUGAUUAAAUAUUAUAAUCUAUUUCACUAAAUAGUUACACUCAAAAUAGUUUUUUAAUAUGCACAAGGCUUUUGAUGAAGGUAAAAUAAAACUUGAAAGGCAAACGGAGCCGGUCUGAACACAGCCAAGGUUUCCUCUGAUAUACAGAUGGAGGACACAAACAUUUCUAACACUUCUCCUGUUACGAUGGGGCAGGACCAGCCUGGUACAAAUCUUCCCCUGCUGUUGUUCAAUCGCAAAACAUGAAUGUGAAUCAACUCUCCCAUUUAAUCAUUAGUGUAGCAGUUGGCAUAAGAAACUAGAUCAGUGUCCCAGGAAAACGCCAAAUACGGGCCGAGGGAUUUCUGCUGUUAAGAUCUUGUUUUCGCCAACCAUCACACAAAUGUGUUUGCUAUUCUGAGUGGACAGUAAUGGAUUUUUAACAGUACAGUAUCUCCUGUCCUCAUGUAACAUCCCUUUCAAGCCAUGACCUGGUUCCCUGAGAGAUUCAGUUACAGCCUUUUAUCUCAGGCAUGAGGGUUUUAUUUGCAUUUAGUCAUACAAACAGUGACGCACAUGAUUUGUUUGUUCUUUAAUUGGAACCAUGGAGUGAAAACAUGCACUCUAAUUAAAAAUACCUCUGAAGAAA